CUUAUUUGCCAAACUAUUCAACCGUACGUUUUCACGGCACGACACGCGAUCGAUGAUCAAUCGUGUAUUUUCGAUGCAUUCAUAUGUAAUAUACGAUGGUAGUGGGUAUGUGAUCGUUCUCCUCGUCCCAUAUACACGCUUCCCCUCCACUCGUCACGUAUUCGGCGUGUUUAUUCGUGGACUCUCUCACUCGCACCCAUUAUUCUCUACAUACUUCGAUUCCACACUCCCGAUUCCCGCCUAUUCCAGUGCCAUGUAUUUUUCGGUUAACGAUCAAUGUUCAAUUCUCGGAAUCGGACAAUCGUUGGCCAUGGAUCGAAAAACGUAGUAUUUACGAAAAUAUCAAAGAAUUUUAAAAGGAUGCCUGAGUACUUUGUUGUAAAAUACGCAUGGUGAUGUCGUUCCGUUCUAUGUUGACAAAUAAUCGGUGAAAAAAACCGGGUCGCGUGACGCCAUCUUUAGGUAGAGCCAAGAAACAUAACGGGAGAAGUGGGGCAGACGUCGUUGCUUUCAACCGUUGUGUCGUGGUUCGAAAAACAAAGAGUAUGGACGGGAAAUUACGGGGAAAAAGAAUUUUCAUGCAUUCGACGGGGCAGCCGUAUACUGUUUGCAGCGGUGUUCGUCGACGGAGAGCAAGCGGGAACCCAAAGCGCCGCCUCCAGGCUCGUCUGCCAAGCUGUUAACGGCGAAUGGCCAUUUUGUGCGUGACAGUUCUCCCCCGCGAGUAAUGAUCUCGUCGCGCGUCCGAACGCUCUUUUUCUUUCUACUCGAGUACAUCUCGUUUCGCCGUUCGAGAUACGUCCUCGCGAGCUCGUUAUCCGUAACCCUAUAACCCGCGGCCAGCAAUUCGUUUUACCGGGAAGCGCGUUACGAACGUCGAAUCCAAUGCGAGCACCGAAAUAUUUCGCGAACUCGCGAACCGAUAAACAGUGCUGUUGGCGAGGAAGUUGCUUCCUGGCUUUCGAGAAAGCUCGACGAUAAUCGAGCGUAGACUCGCCGAUUACACUGUUCGUGUUCCUGUCGAAUGAAACCGUGCGUGUGCUCACCGAUAAAAAACGCUACCCGACUCGUCGUCGUUUCUAAUGUUCGACCACCCACGUGUGCGUCGUUUCGAAUUCGUCGAACACUAUUUAGCCUACGAUUAAAAGUGUGGCAUCUACGACGAUGCGGUGACCAUCCGGUUGACUGGCCGAAUAUCGUCUCCGUCGCACACACGCACGGUCGGCGCUUCCGCGAGCUCGGUUGAUAGCGCUCCUUGUCGCGCGUAAAUCGAGUUCGACAAGAAGACGAAAUUGCUCAACGUCGGCAUACCGCGAUGUGAACGUGCACUAGUCGACGAUUUCGUCCUGUUCUCAUCACAAAGUGUCCGUGCUUUGUCUAGAGUCUACAGAGUAGCUAUUCACUAAGGGAACCGCAGAAAUCUCAUCUUCGUAAUAGAAUUAUUUUUAGUGAAGGACGUAAACCUGGUGGUCAGUGACAGAGUAGAUAAAACUGGUUGCGUAAACUUGGAGAAACAUAAAUGGGGUUGUGCCAGCGGAGGCAGCGGGGGUCCUCCCUCGCUGAGGAGUUUAGGAACUCCGACUCCCAUGCCAACUCCUACGACGCCUUUUUUUAGUCCCGAAUGCCCGUUGAGUAACGCGACCAAUCUACGGGGUGGGCAAACUGGCCAAAGAUCCAAAUCGCGGGUGGAGGCAAUGUUGGAGCGUGCUCUGAUACAGCCACAACAGUGUUCCGUGGAUCCACUUUAUAACGCCCAAAGUUGGGGAAUUCCUAUUUGGGCGAUCGACAAGCUUCAAGCUUGGCUCGACAGAAAAUACGCGUCUAUCAAAGAUACGCAUAACUCGGGGAAAGAUCCGAGACAUCCGAAUCAAGAUCAGACCGCUAAAGAGCUAAGGGUGAAACAUCUCAAGGGUCCUUACUUAAAGUUCGAAUCGCUUCACAGAGCCACUAGACCCGUAUUUGUUGAACUGUCCGUGUGGCCAACGUUGAAUUUAAACGGAGAUCCAGGUAGUUGUCCUUUCAAUUCGAAGAAGCGAGAGAAAGCAGAAAAAUUGCGGAAGGAAGUAAAGGAAAAUCAGGGCGGUAUUCAAACCACGAACAAAGAGGAGGAUAAAGAAAUGACUCGGCGACCACGAACUACUGCUGCUCGUGCUCGAAGAACAGAACAAAUAGCUUCCGGUUAUUGCGAAAUUUGUCAUAUCGCUUACCGAGACCUAAGCAAACAUGUGCAGACAGACCAGCAUCUUAGCUUCGUUCGAAACGACGACAAUUUCCUGUCUUUGGAUACGUUGAUAAACGCGGGAGCCAAUGUCGAAGCGUUCCUAAAACUGAAUAGAGGAAAGGAUAUAGAGAAAGACUGCAAUUUAUUUUCAAACGGAGAUCGUAAACUUCACGACACGGUACUGCCGACAGAAGGGAAAGUAGAUAAAAAUGCGACGAGUUUAGACGACUUUGAAGUUGGUGACGAUACGAAGAUGGUACAGUACAAUGGUGCGCGUAGGAACCUUAACUUGAAACUAAGCUCACCUCACAAUUUACGUACUCGCGCGAAACACGAAAGUGGACAUUUGUUAAGAUCAAAAGGUAGUCCGUGGCACGAAGCCGACAAGGCGGAAAAGUUUUACGAUAAGUUCGAAGGUUUCACCAUAAAGAAACGAUCAAAGGGGACGAUAUGGAUCGAAGAGGACGACCCGGAUGAGAAGUUCGCCACGGAGGAGCAGGCCAGAUUAAAAGCUGCGAAGCAACCAUCGAACGAAUACAAGAUCAAAUCAUUCUCAACUGAGUUCGAGGAUAAUCGAUGCUGCGACGAAGAAACCUGCGAUGUCACCGUUUGCGAUAAACGUAAACGUACCACUGGUCGAGAUACGCAAAGAACAAUCAUUUGCAACACCGAGGAGAACGGCAUCGGAAGUAAGCAGCGUGAUCGAACUCCCAUAAAGAAUAAAAGCCACGAUCAAAUCAACGGAAGUGUUAAGAACGGAUGCACCGAAAGUCUUCUAAGCACGACGUCGAACGAACGUCUUUGUACGAUUCAAGUUUCGCAUCCUAGAGUGUCGCCUAGAAAUGAUGCCUUUAAAACGCGAUCGGAGAACAAGAAACUGGUUUCGGAAGAACGCGAGGGCGGCGAUGACGAUGGGAACAUGGUACGCGAUGCUGCUUGUAACGGUCACGCUGCAAACGAUGAACGGAAACCGGUCGACGAACCGCCGGAGACGGAGAAAAAUGGAGAAGCUGGAAAGGAAGAGAAGUUGAAAUGCUGUAAAGCGGGUAGAAGAGGUGUCGGUCUAGGCCUCGGCGUCGGUGGCAACAGGAGCGUCAGAGGACGACAUAGGUUGUCCGUCGAGGAACGUUUGAUCGAGGACAAUCGCGCGUAUUACAAAGUGGAAGUGUUAGGAAAUAAGUUAAGGUCGAGUGCUUUGCCGAACAGUAAUUCACAAUGCUUAAUGCAAAGGGACGAGGAUGACGCGGACGAUGAAGAGAAGAAGGAAGAUGUGCCAUCUAGUGAAAAGCCAGUGGUUGUACGAUUUAAACGUGUAAGAAAGUCGGAAUUGUCGUUGUUGAGCGAUGAGGCAGAGUCGUUUAUGUUCGGAGAGAUUAAACGUGAAGACUCCAGUGAGAUAAGCGACGGUGAACAAAGUAGCGUGUUACCGAGGGAUACCGAGAGCGAGUGCAACGAUUCCGUGAAUUCUGUUUCGUGCCCUAGUUCGUUUCUGAGUUCCAGUUCGCCCGUGAAGCCGGACGCUGCUGUCGAGGAUGAUCAUUCUCAAGAUUCUCUCGGUUUGGGACGAGCGAGAAAGAGAAGACGCACUCAAGCAGAGGCGCUUAUCAAGGACAACGUCGAUUAUUACAAGUUCGAGGUACCUGGAAGCAGAUUGAGGUAUCAAGCACCUUUGACCGGUAUCGACGAACCGCGAGUCACAAACAGCGAACAAUCGGAAGCUGGAAAACCACAACUGAACGACGGGGGGGAAACGAUCGUGGUGAAGACCGAGUCAUCGGACACGGAGAAGGUGUAUCCGUCCAAACCGUCGCCGGAGGUUGAGAAAAUGCAAUUCUCCUUCGAAGCUGCACCGAAAUCCGAACCGUGGUAUCAGACCUACCAGCGGCAGGACGAAGGAGCAGAGUAUUGGCAUUAUUUUAGCGAGGGCUAUACGCAAAAACCGUUCCUUCUACCGUAUGAGAUUGACAAUUUUCACGAGAUCCUAGCGAAGAAUCAAAACAGCAGAGUCGAGAACAAGAGGAAAGGUCGCGGAGGUCGGAGCAACACGACGAUGACGGGCUCUAUCGGACGAUCUCCACGAAAGAGUCCUCGUUGUCACGCCUCGACGUUGGCUAUAAUGUCGACAAUUAUCAGAAAAAGGGAACAGCAACAACAGUCCACGAACUUUUACACGAUAGACGAGUGUCAGCCACCGGUCAAAUUACAGCCGAACAUGCCAAAACCGUAUCGCCAAAAAGUCGAGGCGAAGUCGGAUGUAGAAGAAGAAUUGAGGGAAAAAAUCAAGUCCAUUGACGAAAUGUUUAACGAGCCCAGCGAGGAGCUGGAAUUCGACGAAGAGACCGAACCGGACGUCGCGAUGCAGAUGGAAUUGAAUCUUUGCGAACCGGUCUGCGUUCCCCGUGGACCGCCCCCGAAUCUGGUAGAGCUGCUGGAGAAUUGUCAUGAGAUGAUCAACUAUUUAGAGAAUUCAUCUUGCGCAAGUUCGGAGUGCGGCGAGACGAACGUCGAAUCGUCACCGUUGAAGCGAAGGAAAAAGAGGAAAAAUAGAACCGGUUGGCCCGGAAACAAGUUGAAGAAGAGGCAGCAAAUUCAGAAUAAAAUUUCGACAGACGCGAAUCCCGACCGUGGAGGUAAUCCAUUGGAGAAGAAUCUCGUACAACCGACCGACAAAGAUUGCAAUGUGACGCAAGUCGCGAAUGUGCCUGGUCGUCGUCGUCGUUCUCCGUUGGCGAGUGAACCCGACACUAACGUAAACACGAUGGUUGUCAGUGGCGAUGACCUCGACCGGAAGAAAAGCGACGAACGAUUAUUCGAGGGAUACACGGGAAACGUGCCUCCGAACACGCGGAGCGAAGAAGACGAGGGGAAAGUUACUGCCGUGGAAGAGGUUCCUGAUAAUUCGGUAUCGGAAGUGACGACGAACGUAAUCGAAUCAAACCUCGAUGUUUCCAUUACGCGCAACGAGACUGAUAGAAAUUUCGUAUCGAACAUUGAUAAGGAUUACGCGUUUGGGAAGCAUUUGUCAGAAACGGAGGAGAUCUCAGAGAAUGAUCCAGGAAACGACCAAAAUCACGAGAAUGUAUUUCGAAAAGACGUUCAUUCUAUAUCGGAUAGACGUUUUAUUCCGAAAGUGGUGAACGUGAAAAAGAGACAGCGUGACAAUAAUACAUCCUCCGAAAGUUGUGAUUCUCGUAUGGAACGCGAGAAUCAGGAGAUCGUGUGCAGAAAAGACGUAGAUCCUGGGAUCGUCUCUAGGAAACAUCACAAUAACGCUACUGCCAAUGGAUUGCCGAGGAAGCGGCAACCUCAGCAGCAGCCACAGAAGAUUGACUCCGAGAAUCCCGAUUCCGAGAUCGAACACCGGCUCCAUCAUCAUGAUCACCACCAUCGCUGUCGCCAUCACGACAACGUGUACAAAAGGAGUAGUGUGAAUUCGCGAAAACGGAUCGUUUCGAGGAAACGACCAAGGAACGAUGUAACCUCGGACGCAGUGUACGAGAACGAGGAACAUUGUAAAAAGGACCUAUCCUAUUUAAGUAUUACGUGUAAAAGGCAACAAGCUGCGAAAGGUAUGAAGCAGCAGCAAGGGGGGUCCGUGCCGUCGGAAGCACGGGACUCGGACGUCGAUUGCGCCUUAUCGGGUCGCGUCACUCCCGCCGUUGUUGCACCCUCGGAAUUGGAACAUAGACGGUCGAGCAUCGAGUUCCAACCCGUCGUUAGAAUGAUGAAGAUCGACGAUCAAGUCGAAAUGGACCAUAAUAAUAUUCUCUCGGUGACUGUCGCGAGCAAUAGACGGUUAAGAAGUUCCAGUUCGCCGAGAUCAAUCGCUCUGCCACCGAAAAAACGUUUGAAGACCAAUCGCGGUCAGUUCGGGAGAUGGUUGAAAAAUAGCUGAAAUCCUCGAUAAGAUUUUCGUUAUAGUUUAAGUUUCAGAAUCGAGAUACGGUUUUUUUUAUGGAAAGAUAUCUCAUUGUUGAAAUUUAAUCUAUACGCGAUAAUAUACGAUAUACAUUUUACCAACACAUGUACAUUAUGUAUAAAAUAUUUGUGUACGUAGAAUAGUAUUUAACACACUGGCGCACCACCAUCGAUAUGGUUUUCUUCGUUUUUUCCUUAACGUCGUUAGCUUGUUUCUUUUGUAUCGUAAGAGAGUUCCCUGUUCUCGGAGAGCAUCGGCGAGCAUCAUCAAUUAAACGCAGUCUUCGCGCUUUCUCGACUCAUGUAUUAUUUUACUUUACAUCUCGACAUACGUACGCGUUCACAUGUACAUAUAUACACGCAUACGUAUAAUACAUAUAUACAUACGAAAAGACGUAUCGUCGCUGCCUACUAUUUUGUCAUUUGCGUCUUGGCGUCGUUAAUUCUUAUUAACAAUAUUGUAUUUAUCAAAGACUAAGGUGAGUCAAGGCGGAAUCGUUGAUGAUACGUGUGGGCGUACACGUGCGUAAGACAAGAAUUAAUUUCAUCUUUGUAAUAAAAACAGGCCACACGGAGAAUGCGCAAGGCUGCGUGAAAGCUUUGUCAUUGUAAUCUAGCGUAACGAUUACUUUCCGAAAUGAAACUAUAUGCAUCAUCGAUGCGCCACAGUAUACAUACUAUUGAAUUCCCUCACGGGGGUCCACCUAAAUAUUUUAUUUCUAUUUAAUGUAAGUCUUUCGUGAUUUAAAAACAGAGAUGACUAUUAAAGAUAUGAAUUUUUCAUUAAAAUUGA